UACAAAUACAAAAUACAAUUUUAAAUGUUUUAAUAUAUUCUAAAAUUCUAAAUGAUUUAUAACUGAAACAAAUAAAAAAUAUAUAGUUUUGUUCAGUUUAUAUUUUGUUCUUUGUUAAUUAUGAAUACUUUAUCUGGCCACAAGUUACACUGGGACUGCGUGACAAUUGUGUUAAUAAUAUCCUGUAUUGUAAGCAUACAUUCAACUAAUUCCGAAGACUUUUGUUUUAAAAAUGAAGAAAAUUGUUCUUUAAGUUCAAAGCGAUAUUUACUAUACGAUGUUAAUAGACCUGAAGGGUUCAAUCUAAGAAGAGAUGUCUACAUGCGUCUUGCUGUCUUAGCACAUAAAAUGAGACAAUCAUCCAAUAGUGAAUUGAAUUCAUUUUCUUUAGUCCUUCCUCCAUGGUCACACUUAAUUCACUGGACUUAUACAGAAUAUCCUGAGCAAAUUCCAUGGGGACUUUAUUUUGACUUAGAAAGUCUAAAAAAAUUUGCGCCUGUAAUAGAAAUGUAUGAAUUUUUUGAUAUAUAUCCAAAUAAAUACAGCAAAGUAGUUAUUGAUGAAGUAUAUAACCUGCAACAUUUUGAAGAUAUGUUUGAAACUGGAAAUUUCGAAGAAAGAAUGAAAAUUGAAAAAUGCCAAAGAACGUAUGAUAACACUUAUUUAUUUUACAAGAAUAUUACAGCUAAAGACGUUAAAUGCUUGUCGUAUCAUGGACCAGCUACAAAACUGACAGAAUUGUUUGUAAACACCAGUGCCGAGAUUAUACUACUAAACCAUGCGGAGGUAACACUUCAUGAUUUUUUUGGAAGCAAGUUGUAUUGGCAAGCUAGAAGAAGUAUGAGAUUUAGUAAGGAACUGAAACUAAUUGCGAAUGAAUUUAGGAAAACUGUUCUAAAUUCAACAGAUGCAUCUGAUAACACUCCUCUUCCUGAAUUCUGGACUGACGAAAAACCAAAACGAAAUGCAAUUGGAGGACCAUAUGUAAGCAUACAUCUUAGAAGAAGAGAUUUUGUUAGAAAUCGACCAAACGAAGCUCCAUCUCUUCAAACAGCUGCUGAUCAAAUCAAGCAGGUUUUAAAGAACCUUGAUUUAAAAACUGUAUUUGUUGCUACGGAUGGGACGCAGGAAGAGUUCAACAAUUUAUCAAGCUUUCUUCAAGAAUACAACGUAGUGAAAUACAGAGCGCCGUCUCAAAUCGAGAAAAAAUACAAAGACGGUGGCUUGGCGAUUAUUGAUCAAAUAAUCUGCUCUUAUGCUAGGUAUUUUAUCGGAACCCACGAAAGUACAUUCUCGUUUCGAAUUCAAGAGGAGAGGGAGAUUUUAGGUUUCCCAGUGGAUACUACUUACAACGUUUUUUGUACCAGUAGUGGAUGCCAGAAGCCUUCAGUUUGGGAAAUAGUAUAUUAAUGAUGAGAAGGUUGCCAAUGUGAGUCCAUAACCUUUACGGAGUCGUACCUUAAAGGUACGAUUCCGAACAAGACCGCAAACCGCAAACAGCAAACCGCAGAGCGUAGACCGCACGGACAGACCUACUGUUUCAUAUGAUUUCUUAUGAGCUGUUUGUCGAGUAGAGCGGCACUGUCGCCGACGGACGCAGAACCAGUAGUGUCGCCGACCGCAAAGUGAUAGCACGUAUUUUUACUGUUUACAAAUUGACUGAAAAGUGAAAAGAAUUGAAUUUCCUUUGAAAAUGAGUUUUUCAAAUGAAGAAGAAGAGCAAUUUAUUAAUUUUGUUGCAAAAUAUUCAGUAAUUUACGACGCAAGCCACGUUAAUUAUCGUAAUAAUUUAAUUAAAGAAAUCUUCAUCGUAAUGUUCUUCCAUCAAGAGAUAUAAAAUUAAUUCAGCGUUGUUCAUUGCGUCUGACAUCCUACUUAUACGACUUUUAAUAUUAUACUAUUAUAACUUCCCAUCGUGCAAUGCUGUUGUCGCUCUGAUGUAUAGGGUGGCGGGAAAGUCCCUUUACACUAAUGAAUUAUUUUUUUUUAUACAACAGAGGGAAAAAAUAAUAACACAAUUUUGUUUGUAAGUUAUUUAUUAAUUAUUUAUUUAUCUAAAACAUGGGUGUGAAUACCUGCAUUGUCGCAACACAACUUGGUACGACGUCAUGUUCGUAUACUCAUCCAUCUCAGCAUGUCCGGAGUUACUGACGUAAAAGCUGGGCACACUCCGUUUCGCAAGUCCUCAUUCGAAACAUAUCUGCAUUUCUAACCUUCUCUUUAAUGAAAUUCCACAGUGAAUUGUCCGGCGCUGUCAAAUAUGGACGUCUUGGAGGCCGAGAAAUUGGAGAACCACGUCCAAUCCAUCGGUUCGGGAAGAUUUCAUUCAGGCGUUUGUGAACAACGAGAGUGAAAUGUGAUGAGGCGCCAUCUUGUUGAAAAGAAAUAGUGUCAGCAGUGCCCUGAGCUGUCGAUUGCAAUAAUAACCUUUCUUUGAUUAUCUGCAGAUACAUAACUGUGAUAAGUUAUGGAGCCUUCAAAAAAAUAUGGCCCAAAUAAAUAAGUUGAAAUAAUUCCAGCCCUUGCCCUAACAUGAGGCGGGUUUUUUCACUUCCUCAAAGAAAUGGAGGUUGUCAUUUAUCUAGAAAUAAACAUUUUGAUUUCGAGAAAUCGCAAACUUAUCGGUGAACAGAACAUUUUGUUUGUCAUAUGCUCUCGGAAAGUGUUGAAGCAGUAAUUGAGUAAAAGUCUGCGUGACCAGACAGGUGCCCUUGAAGAUGCGCAUGCACCGAAACGCAAAUAAAUAUUGGCUAGGUGUUGAAACAUUAUUAUUAUUAUAGACCAAGAGGCAGCGCUGAAAAAUCUCUUUGAAUUUACUAAAGCUAGAUUUUUCACAGUUGAUUACUGUGAGUGUGUAGAGAAGCAUACUGCGGUUGGUCAAGCGAA